AUGGCUGUCAAUGGUCAUCGCUCCGCUGGAGCGUUCAAUACCUCAAUGCCUUCGUCGGCCGCGCCACAUAUGUACAUGGUCAGUGGCUUCCAGGUCGCGACCCAGAAGUUGCCAAUCCUCAAGGCUGGACCGAUCGAGGACAUGACAAGCAAGAUUGGAAUACAGAUACCAGAGAUGAUCUUUGGCGACAACUUUGUUGCAGUCCAGCAUGAAGCUUCAGGCUGGGGCAUCAAGUUCGACGCAUAUGGCGCAUUGGACAGCGUGGACAAGACAGGUGAGAAGAGGUUAAAGGUAGCAUACUCCAAGGAAUGGCAUCAGAGUCGCGAAGGUGCGCACGAUUUCAAAGAGCUAGAGGAGGUGAAGCCCUUUGAUUGGAGUUACACACCACAGGACUAUCGUGGAGAGGUUGCGCCGAAUUCACCCACAUUUUCGUCGAGUACCACGCAGAUACCUCUGGAAUUGCUGAGGCGACCAGAUCCUAUUCUGUUCUUCGAUGACGUGAUCCUUUACGAAGACGAGCUUGCAGACAACGGUAUCGCCAUGUUCUCAGUGAAGAUCAGAGUCAUGCCUGCCAGACUAUUACUGCUUAGUCGCUUCUUCAUGCGCCUCGAUGAUGUGCUAUUAAGGAUCAAAGAUGUGAGAGUCUACAUCGAGUUCGACACCAGGCAAGUCAUCAGAGAGUAUGUGGAGAAGGAGAAGGACUACAAUGCUGUAAAGGCGCAAUUGGCAGGUCGAAGGGACGAUGUUUCCGCGGCACUCCGAGAUGCUAACCAAAUGGCUGAAAUACUGCCGAUUGUGAAAAGAGAAGUUGAAGAGGUCACAUUACCAGGCUGA